AUCUUUUACAAGUUGAGAGACAAUGGCUUCUUUUAGACCACUACCUGUAUUGAUAUUAAAUUAAUAAUGUAUAGAUUCACCCACCAAGAAUUUAAAUGUAACCUGGAGCACCAUAAUUUGCUACAGUAAUAAUUGAAACACCUCCAAGGAAAUAAGCUCCACCAAUUUAAAUAGAGUUUGAUGAAGGAUUGAUAACUAGAAUGUAAGAAGAGAUUGAUGUGUGGAGAAAUAAAUAUUUCUAAUUAGAAUUAUCAUUUUAAAUAAAUGCUGGAGAAUUAAAGAAGGUGAUAAUUUCAUUUAAUUUUUAGAUUGAUUAUUUAGAAGGAAGAAUUAAAGUACUACAAGAUGCAAUAAAAAAGUUAAAUAUAGAAAAUAGAGGUUAAAUAAACUAAAAUGAAAUUUUAAGAGUAAAAUGUGAUGAACUUGAAUUAGAAAAUUAAGAUCUCAUAAUGGCAAGAUUAGAAAAUAAACGUUUAAGAUAAUUGUUAGAUGAUGCACAUAAUGAGCUAUCAUAGGUAUAAUUGUUUAAAUAUUUUUAGGCUAAAUAAACCAUUGCCAAUUAUGAAGAUUAAUUAGCAGAUUUAGCAAUUAAGGAUUAAGUAAUAAAAGAACAAAAAGAUAAGAUAAAUUAAUUAUUAUAAGAAAUCGAGUUUUGGAAAAAGAGAUAUUAACAAUUAGAUACAGAUAGAAUAAAAGGUAUGGAAGAAUUUAAGAAAAGUAGUGAAACAUUGAGAAAUUCAUAAUUUAACGAAUUAAGAAGAAGUGGAUCAAUGUAAGUUUAAGGAUAUUAAAAUGAAUUAAAAAACUUAAGAGUGUAAUUAGAAAGAUUGUAAUAAGAGAAUAAUGAGUUGAAAGAUAAUAUUCAUUAAUUGGAGAGUACUAAAAAUGGUUAGAAUUCUUAAUUUAAAGAGGUAAAUGCUAAACUUGAAAGUUCUACUAAAGAGAUAAAGAGAUUAAAUGAUAUAUUAUUAUAAAGAGGUUAAUAAAACAAGUAAUUAGAAUUAAGAAUCAAAGAGCUUGAAAGGUAAGUGAGUGAAAAAACUAUCUUGAAAGAAGAAAUUGAUAAAUUAAAAUAAUAAUUAAAUGAAAAAAAUAAAUAAUUGUAAGAAUAACAUAAUUAGAUAACAUAAUUGAAUAAUCGAAUAGCUGAGUUAGAGCGAUUACUUUAAGAAUCUAAAUUAUUUAAAGAAAAAAUUUAAUAAUUAUAAACUGAAAUAGCAUAAUUGAAAGCAAUUAUUAAGGGAAAAGAAGAGGAAAUAGCAAUCUUGAAUUAGAAGAUUACAAAUCUUACUGAUUAACUUAAAGAAAUAGAUAAAAUUAUUUAAGAGAAAUAUGCUUUAGAAAAUAAGGUAGCUAUGCUUGCAACAGAAAUUGAAAGAAAAGGAGCUUAAUUAAAAAAUAAAGAUAAAACUAUUGAUGAAUUAAGAGAAACUUUAGAUUAAAAUAACCAUACUCUUGCAGAAGUGGAAUAAUUGCAAUAAGAUAUAGAAUCAUUGAAUCUUGAACUUAAAGGAAGAGAAGAUUUAAUUAAAGAACUUGAUCAAAAAUAUCAUGAUGCUCUUAAAUAUUAAGAAUAAGUGUCAUAAUUAGAAACAUAAGUAUUUGAUUUAUAAGGAAAAGUUGCUAUGCUUUCUUCUGAAAUUGAAAGAUAAAGAAUUAAAUUAGAUAAAUAUAAGAAAGAUUAUGAUGGUUAAUAAGAUAAAAUAAAUUAAUUAAAUGAUGUAAAGUAUGAUUUUGAAUCAAUGUAAGAUGCUUUAUAAAGGUAUAAAUCAUAGGAAGAUCAAUAAUAAUAAGAAUAUGAUAAUUGGAGAGAAUUAUUAAAAAAAGCUGAUCUUGAAUCUUCUGAAUUAUAUAAAACAUAAGAGACUUUAUCCAGUGAGAAAUAAAUUGCUUAAGAUUCAUAUGAAAAGUUGAAUGGAUAGAUAGAUGAAUUAAAUAAAUUACUUUAAGAAGAAAGAGCUAAAAUUGAAGGUUUACAUAAAGAAAUAGAAAAGUAUUAAGAUUUAGAAAAUAAAGUUUAUGAAAUGUAAAAUAAGACAGCUAUGCUUUCAGCAGAAAUUGAAAGAAGAAGUGUUAAAGAAAAAACAAAAUAAUAAUAAUUUGAUGAGUUAUAAUAACAUUCAAAUUAAUAAUAAGAGGAUUUAGAAAAGUUAGCUUAGAUUGAAUAGGAAAAUGAAACAUUAAAUGAGGCUCUUAAAAAAACUUAAGAUGAGAUUGCUUCUUUGUAAAAAUUAUAAGAUGAAACAUAAGAAAAAUAUGAAAAAGUAUUAUCAGAAAGAGGAAAUCUUGAAAAUAAGGUGGCCAUGUUAUCAACUGAAAUCGAAAGAUAAUCAUAUAGAUUAAAAAAUAAAACAGAAGAGUGUUCUUAAUUGAAUGAAAAGAAUUAAGAAUUAUAAGGUGAAGUAUUAAGACUUUAAGAUUUACCAGCUUAAGUUGAAGAUUUAACUUAAUAAGUUGAAGAAUUAAGACAUUUAUUAAAUGAAGCUGAUCUAAAAUAAGUUAAAUUAACAUAAGAUUUAGAUGUGGUUGCUCAUGAAAAAGCAUAAAUUGAGGCUGAAAUCUAGAAACAUUAAGAUGAAGUUAAAUUAUAAUAAUAAUUAGCUGAAGAAGCUAAAAAACAAUUGGCUAAUUUUACUGAAAAAUUCAAGAGUGUGGAAGAUGAAAAUAGUUCACUUAGAGCUUUGGAAUCUAAAUUAUCAGAAUAUUAAAUGAAAACCGCUUUAUUGGCUUCUUAAAUUGAAGCUUAAAAUAAAAAAUAUUAAGGUAAACUUGAUGAAAUGGCUACUUUAUAAUAAAAUUAUAAUGAUCUUAAAGCUCAUCAAUUAGAUGUAGAAGAUAUAUAAGGAGAAUUAGAAAGAACUAUAACCAUUUUAAAUGAAAAAGAUAAAGAACAUGGUUUAUAUGAUAAAAAAAUUUAAGAAUUAGAAGCAUAAAUCAAAUAAUUGGAAGAUAUUAAAGUAUUUUCUCAAUUUAUUAUAUUAGUAUCAACUAGAAAGUAAAAUGGCUAUGGUUAGUAGUGAAGUUGAAAGAGUUAAAUACAAAUACGAAAAAUUAUAGAAGGAAUAUGAAGAAAACCAUUAAAGAUUAUUAGAAGUUGAAGAACAAUUAGUAGAAAAUAGUAAAGAGGUUUAGGCUUUAGAAGAUGUAAUAAAUAUAUAUAUAUAAUUUAAAGGAAUUACAUUAAACUUAAAAAGAAUUAGCCUAAACUAGAAAAGCACCAUGAAAGGAAGAAUGAUCAAUUAUAAAAUACAAAUAAAAC